AGGAGUGGAGCAAAAAAAAAAGAAAAAAAAACAUGUUUUAGUCAGCUUAUAGACAGUUGACAGCGCGAAAAAGAUGGAAUAUUCGACUAAUAAUUUUCAAAUUCGGACCCUGGUUAAUAAAAUUCAAGAGGAGCUUCUGGGCGACUUAAUCACCGGGAAGACGAAUAUAAAAGUGAACAAUGAAAAUCUGUCGAGAAACGGUGAAAUAAGUUUUCCACUUAACCUCUUAGCGUGGCGAGAUUAUAUAAAAAAUAAAACGACGUUCGAAAGUUGUUCGAACAUAUUGGAAUAUUAUUUGCAUAAGAAAAAUUGUGAUACAGUCGGAUUGACCUUGCAGAAUAUAAUAAAAAAGGCCACGGAGUCAUUGAUUAUCACGAGUCGCUCGUGGUGCAUCGAUAUUGACAGAUGCUUGAUGCAUAAUGACAGGAUUUGUUUAUUCGUGAACAAAAAAAAAACACUCGAAUUUGCAAUCAAAAAUGCUGUUCGACUUGGCAAAGAUUAUGGCAAGAAAGAGUCAACAGAAAAGACAGUUUGCCUGAAAAUCAAUGAAGACAGAGAUUCGGAUUUAACCACAGGAAGGUUGAAGCUGAUCAAAGAGGCUUCAGAACGAGUUCUGGAGCUCAAAGGUUUCAAAAUUGUUGAAUCGCAAGCAGAUUUUCAAUAUUUACUAACCACAAAGUCUCAAGGUCAGCUCGAAAAUGGUUUUUCUCAUUGCAUUUGCGGAGUAGUUAAAAAUCGAGACACCAAUACCAAAGAAAUACAUCUCUCGUGGAGCGAGUAUGUGAAUGCAAAAAUUGAAGAAUUAACCAGCUUUUCCAGACUCAAAUGUCCUGAUAUGAGCAAAGAAAGUCAUUUGACAAACAUAGCUCAAGCGGUUGUCAUUUUUGAGCUUCUUUCCAUUAAACCUAGUCGACCAGUGUUCAUUGAAAUUGACCACGAUCCUGACCAGAGGAUAUCAAACUCGAAAGGUGGAUCAUUCGUAUUAUACAAUGCGGCUAGAAUCAGUACAAUUUUGCAAAAAUUCAAGGAAGGAGAAAAUCUUAGCGAUUAUCCAUCCUUACCAGAGAUCGACAAAGUGGAUUUCGCUCAAUUGUGUCAAGAGGAUGAAUGGGAACUCGUCUACAAUUUCAUACUGAGAUAUCCAGAAAUAAUUGAAGACAGCAUUCGUAAUGAGGGCACAUUACAAACUUCGCCUCAAGUGAUUUGUCUCUUUUUGUCCCAACUCUGUCAAAAGUUCAGUAUUUAUUAUCGACGAACGCGUAUUUUGACGGAAGGACGCGAUCAUUUGAUACCAACGAUGAUGGCGCGGUUGUAUUUGCUACAUGCAUUACAAAUCGUGAUAAAUAAUUCACUGGCCAUUUUGAAUAUCGUGCCAGUAAACCACAUGUAAUUAAUAUUGUAUCAUAAAAUCGUUUAUUAAAUUUGUUACAGAAUUUCGUUGAAA